AUGGCCAGUUUCCCAGUGAUUCAAUUAACAGAAGGCGAGUGGACGUCCGAGAAAUGGUAUGAUAUUUUGGAGGUGAAGCUUCCAAACUUUUUCACCAGCGAUCCCGCAUUCCUCAGAGAUUACAUUUUUAAUUUUAAGACGAGACCGGAUGACGUUUUUAUAGCCACAUAUCCCAAAUCAGGUACGUCAAUAAGUUAAACUUGCAGUAAAAGAGGCUUUAAAACUUUGCGAUAUGGUAGUUUGAAAAAUGGUAGUUUUCCUCGGCCCUCGUCUCGAGGGACCUAAAGUGAACUGAAAUAAGCAAAAUGGUACAAAUAAUUUCCCACUUUGAUUCACCUUGAAGCAGUGUCAUCUGGUUCCAAAACGAUUACGUAACCUCUCGUGAAUGGCGACCCUGCGGUCCUGUAAUCUGGCGAUCUCGCGAUCAUACCCCCAAUUCUUUUUCAAAAAAAAGAGAACGAACGAGCGAGUAACCUUAUUCUUUGCUAUGCUAUAAUGCUUGUUAAAUAUUAUGUAAAUAUUAUCUGUUAUAUUUUGAUUAUAUGACGUCAAUCCUAUAACGUUCGCAAGUGUCACCAAAGCCACCCUGUAACACAAAGUAGCAAGUUUAAUUUCACAAUUUGCCUAUGAAGUCUAGAGUAGGCAAUACAAAAAACUAAAGUAGGCUUGUAGGGAAUAUCAAGUACUAGUAAACACUUGAUAUUCCCUACUUGUUAUAGCCCACUUGUAGCGAAAAGCGCCGGCGUUGAAAACCAAAGCUAUGGAGGCUGAAUCGCGUUUUGCUAAAACUAAAGUUGUUUUGUCCCGAUAGUUUUGACCAACUAGUUGGAUUUUGCUAAAACAAUUAUUCCUCUCGCCCAUUCGGCCUUCAGCCUCGUGAGCUAUUCACUCAGUUCCCAUUCGGGCUCGAGGAAUAAUUGUUAAAUAUAAUACAAUGAAACCUGUAUUAAGAGGUCACCCUUGAGGACUGGCUUAUUGACCGCUUCAUACAGGUUUGACAAACCUAAGAGUUGUUCAAAAAAAUGAAGUUGGUAAAAGAGCAAAAUAUUUAUCCCACAACAAAACGACCUCGAAGUGCCUCUACCUCUUCUUGAGCUGAAAAAGGAAGUAAGAGACCAAUAAACGCCAUUCACACCAUAUCUGCUGCACUAGUAUGUAUGGUACGCGUCUUAUAGGUGAAGACAAUGAAAAGUAACUCGUUGGGACCUCGGAAAAAGUGACCGCAACUGCUUAAUAAAGGAGACCGUUUAAUGCAGGUCAGAUUUACAGUAUGCAGCUAUUUCGAGAAAAGUUGUCGGAAAAAGUGCGCGAGACAAUCCCGAAAGGAUUGUGGUUUUGAGCUCACUGUUCUUCGAAGAAAUUUGAAAGAAUGGCACGAGAGGCCAUGGACGUAUGUUUGCGAGUGCUAAAGUGAAGCAACAAAAGUAGGUUCGAAAGCUACAGUGUUAGGGAGAGUGUGUUGAUCAUAUCCCAUAAUACCUUUCGGGAUUGUAGCGUGCACAUUUUAUCCGACAACCUUUCUUCUCGAAAUAGCUGUAAACUGAGGGAAAUGAUUUCCGGUACUCAGGUAGGUGACCGCUAAAUUGAGGUUUGCUCGAAUAUAUAGGUUUGACUGUAUAUUCACAAAAUUACGGUAUCUAUUAUUUUCAUUCAGGGACAACUUGGGUGCAAGAAAUUGUCUGGCAAAUCUAUCACGAGGGGGCAGUCAGCAGUGCAAACUUUUCUCAUCGAGUGCCAUUUAUUGAAACAGCCACCAAUGAAAUGAUUUGCCCGUUUAGCCUGGACACUUUACCAAGCCCUCGCAUUCUUAAGAGUCAUCUUCCGCUUAACAGCAUUCCGAAAAGUGAUAACAAGGAAAUGCAGUGCAAAUAUAUUUACGUGGCCCGCAANUGUAUAUUCACAAAAUUACGGUAUCUAUUAUUUUCAUUCAGGGACAACUUGGGUGCAAGAAAUUGUCUGGCAAAUCUACCACGAGGGGGCAGUCAGCAGUGCAAACUUUUCUCAUCGAGUGCCAUUUAUUGAAACAGCCACCAAUGAAAUGAUUUGCCCGUUUAGCCUGGACACUUUACCAAGCCCUCGCAUUCUUAAGAGUCAUCUUCCGCUUAACAGCAUUCCGAAAAGUGAUAACAAGGAAAUGCAGUGCAAAUAUAUUUACGUGGCCCGCAAUCCCAAAGACAUAGCAGUAUCGUAUUUUCAUUUCACGGAGCAUAGGCGAAAAGCGGGUAAUGGUUUUAGUGGGCCAUGGGAAUUUUAUGCCAAGUUAUUCAUAGAAGGAAAUGGUAAGUUUCGAUAAGUUGACUUAAUGAGAUGUCUCCGUACUUAUCGAGGGCUUUUCUGUACUUGAAAUGCAGAGUAUUAACAUUUAAUUUUUUUGUUGCAAGAUCUCGUCACCCAUCGAGCGUGAGGACUUUAAAAGGCUUUGUCAGGUCGCAAACAUACUCCAGCCAGUUGUUCAAAAGAUGGUAGCGCUAUCCAAUGGAUAGAUCUUUAGCCAGUAGAUAACGCAAUUGAUUUCUCUAAUAAUAUACACUUAAUGUCAGAUCCCGAGGGAAACAUUUAGUUUUGUUUGCCCAAGAGUUAAGUGUUUUGUGAUAUUUCUAGACUUUCACUCCAACGUACUUCAACAGCGACAAAAGAAUACGCUUAAGAGGAGCGAAUCAAAACAGUACGACUCGGUACUUAUAAGAACACAAAUUUAAUUCCCAAAACCACUGAAUGAAUGGUUUAAAAAGUACUUUCCUUAUAUUACCUGCAUCUUUUUCCUCCACUGGCUGCUGUCUCUCUUCUGGGAUAACUUUGAAAAUCGUUGCUUUUCAGCUUGAGGCUUCAUGUUUGUGUUAUUGUGAAUGUUGUUGUGUUCACUCACGAAAAAGAAAACUGGCAGUGUUUUCCCGCCUUCUGUCACGCCACUUUCCACCAUGCUUUGAUCACGUGCUGUAUUAAUGUAUCCCGAGCGGGUUACAUUGCUUGAUGUAUCACGAUCGGGAUACAUUUGAUUUUAGUCAAGGCCAUGUGACCAAGAAUCAGCUAAUGGCUGUCCCUGUUCAGUUGAGUGAAAGUCUAGGAAUAUAACAACAAUACUUAUCCGCUGGAUACUGAUUUAUCCGGUGGAUAGCGCUAUCCAACGUUUGAACAACCGGGGCCAGGGGCUCUUUUCUGUUGUUCAUGACACAGGCGAAGUCAAAGGCGGUCGAGGAUGACAAUUUUUUACAGAUCCCUUUUUUUAUCUAAAGGGAACAAAAACAAUGUCCAUUGGUGGUUGAGUUUCACUGUCGAAGCCCUCCGUUCGGCUGUUAGGUCGUUGAAAAUAACGCAGCUGUCUAAUGACUUGCUUUACAAUAACUGUAUUUUAUGGAACGUCACAUUCUUUGGUUGUUUACCGGUAUUUUUUUUGUUGAAUAGUGUGUUGGAACGCUUGA